AUGGGGGCCGAAACAUUUACCCUUGCAGGGGAGUUGCUGACGGCCUUCCGCUGCUGGGAGGAGCUCAGCUGCUUCGGGGUGAGGAAACACGAGAACCACGUCCAUGACAAGCUGGUAUCUCUCAGUUUACUUCAGAAAGACUUUGUGCCUUUUCUGCUAAACUUUUUAAGGGAGCAGACCAGCCAGAUCCUGACUAAUGGACCCUCUACUCCUGCUAAAACUCCUAAUUCCAAGGCCCACAGGAGCCAAAGGACAGGACCAGAACGGAGGGCAGGCCACGCGACCAGCAGCCGUGUGCAGCUCUUUACCCAAAGGACUUUGGUGACCACCUGCACCACAGACAUCAGCUUUUCUCCUGCUGCGGCAUCCAGCAGCUCCUCUUCCUUUUCUGGGUCAAACCUGUCUAGCCCUUGUGGCGACUGCCCUAGCGUGGCCUCCAGCAGCAGCCCGAGCUUUGGGUACAGCCCUGUGCUUAACCACGGUGAGAAGCGGUCAUCCCAGAAGGCCAGCCUGGGGAGCUUCCUCACAGCCACGCCUGAAGCCCUGCCGGCCAGACGAGGCCGAAAGAAAGGCUCAGUCAGUGCCUCUGGCCGGCAAGUGGCUCGGGAUCUGGGGCGUUCCCUUGCUGACGAGGAAGACGGAAAGCAUGAUGGUGUAUCGUGGAGUGGAGGGAGGAGGAAGCGGAGUGAAGUGCCUCUUGUUUCUGCCAGAUCCCCGCCUAGCCAGCUGAAUCUGAACAACUUGGAGGAGUUUCCGCCCAUGGGUGCUGCCUCUGGCUGGACAAACAAAAGCAAACCAUCAAGGCGGAUCAACCCAACUCCUGUCAGUGCUGAGCGCCCCCUCUCAAAACCAAAGAUGUGCUUCACUUCUACGCCUGUCAGCCAGUCUCCAGCUGCUCGGUUUUCAUCCAGAUCAAGCCUUGAGGCCUUUACUGCUGUCCAGGAAGGAAACCUUAUGUCUGUGAAAAGCAACAGCCUUCAAGAGGAGAGGGAGAUGCUGAAGAAAGAAAGAUGCAAAUUGCUGCACCAGGCAUCUUCUCCGUCGGGGAUAUCUCCUGAUCCUGGGACUCCUACGAAGCCUAGCUAUACUCGCAGUGCUAGCCUUCCUGCCGAAAGCCAUCUGGUGACCUGUGCAAAUCCUGCUAAGGUUUCCUGCAAGAAACAGUUGGAGUGUCUGGCGCAGCUCUAUUCAUCGUGCAUAGCAGAAAACCUGGUACCAAAUAUUUUUCUGGAGCUCUUUUUUGUUCUGCAGCUGUUGACAUCUAAAGGCACUUCUACUGCAGAAGAUGGGGAUAGUGACCUUGAAAUCGAUGAAAGAAGUACAGAUGCGUCAGAGAGACAGCAUUUCCGAAGCGUGCACAACUGUGUUUAUUUUGCUGUUCAAGUCUUGGGUUAUCAGUAUGAAAUUCUUUCCCGUUUAGAAAAGGGGAUGCUGAAGCUCUUGGCCGAAAACGAACGGAUUGCGUCUUUCUCUCCCACCUUGCACGAGAGGCUCCGGCAGGCUUAUGAAAGCAGCACAGCCAAGGUGUCUCUCCUGCUGCCCUGCUCUGUGCAGUCUGUUUCGUUCCAGCCGGAAACUGACAAUCGCUCUAACUUUCCCAGCGACAGAGCAUUUCACAUAUUUAAGAAGCAAAGGGAUAUCUUUUAUGAACUGCUGCGUGAGUGGGAGGAUAACCAUGAAAAAACUGGUUGGGACUUUGAAAGAGUCCUGGGCAGCAAGAUCAGGGCCAUGAUGGCUCACCUAUCCGCAACCUGCAACCACAGCCAUUUUGCCAGGCUCUUUCAGAAGCAGCUUAUCCAGAUGUGUAAAGGUCCUAUUGGAGGUGGCGCAAGCUUGGGAGACACCCCAGACCAGGAUGUCCUUAAUAUGCUGGGUUCUGACAAUCUGAGCCGGCUGAAGAGGCUUCAGGAAAGAUUUGUCGUUCCUCAGAGCAUCAGAGGACCUUGUCCACCCCCUUCAUUCCCUGGGUGCCAGCAGUUCUUCAGGGACUUCAUCCUCAGCGCGGGAAGUUACCAGUUCAAUCAGCACCUGAUGGAUAGCCUGUGCCUGCAGAUACUCGAACUGGAUGGCCUUACUCUGGUGGAGCACGAGCACAGUGACGGGGAAGCAGAUAUGGAUGAACAGGACGAAAAGAAGCGUUUCACUGUGGUCCUGUUAAGCCUACGACUCCUUGCCAAGUUCCUGGGGUUUCUUGUUUUCUUGCCUUAUCGCACUGUGGAGCAACCAACGAGGGACUUGCAAGACUCUGCAGUAGCGUUAAGAAACCAAACCCUGCCUGUACUGGAUGUAUUGAAGCUUCUGAGACAAUCUAUUCGGGAUCAGCGUUCUAUCCUGACCAUUCCUUGGAUUGUGGAGUACCUUUCCCUUGUGGAUUAUAUUGCUCCUUUCCUUGAUUACUACAGGAAAGUAUUUUGCCUCUUGCUGCAGGUAUACAGGUUAAUGGUCCUUUCUGAAGAUAAGGAGAUGAGUUUCCUGAACAAGCUGCUGAUCCUCGCGGUUCUGGGUUGGCUUUUUCAGGUUCCAUCAGUGCCUGAAGAGUUGUUUUUUACCACUGAUGCCAGGCAGGAGGGAUUUAUGGUGGAUACUGUGACAUCUGCUCAGGCUUUGGACUCUGUGCCCUUGGUGGAUCAGCAGUUGCUUUAUACCUGCUGUCCCUACCUUGGUGAGCUGCGGAAACUACUUGCUUCUUUUGUGGCUGGUAGCGGAGCAAAAAAUGGUGGCUUUAUAAGGAAAAUCACUCCCACAGCUGCAGAGUCCUUGGCACCCAAGGCUUCUGUCACACAGCGGAAACUGCAGGUAGAGUUGGAACAGGCCUUCUUCCACAACCAGCCUCCCUCCCUCCGGAGAACAGUUGAAUUUGUGGCAGAGAGGGUGGGAUCCAACUGUGUUAAGCACAUCAAGGCGACGCUGGUAGCGGAGUUGGUUCAAAGGGCUGAAGGCAUGUUGCAGGAGAAAGUGAAGGAGGAGGAUGCUAAUCAUGACAAGCUGCUUGAAGAGGUGUGCGCUCAUCUGUAUGAGGAAGGGGCCCAGGCACUCAUCAAAGGCAGAGAAUUUUGCAAAAAGAAGGGCCCUGAGGCGGUAAGGGUGUUAUUGCCAGAAGAGACAUCUGCAGCGGUUUUAAGCAGCGCAGAAGACAUUGCAGUGGAACUGGCCACUGAGAAAGCCUGUGGCUGGCUUUCUGCCAACAUUGCCGCACUCAUCAAGAGAGAAGUGAAGGCGACCUUCAACCGAAUGCUGAAAGUCCCGGGACCGCCCUUGCCCGGCGAGGACGCGCUGGAGUUGCGAAGGGACUGCCCUCCAGGUUGUCAGCACUGUGCUCCGUUCCCCUCCCAAAUCAUCAACGAGAUUAAGGAUGUGCUCUGCGUUGCUGUGGGCCCACGGGAUAAAGGUGAAGUGGUUGACUGCGUCUGGCUGGAGUGCUUGCUGGGAAGAUUGAGUCAGACACUUCAGUGCAGAAAGUUCAUGUGUCCCACAUCUGAACAGCAGCUGGCAAAGUGCACGGUUGAGUUGGCUUCUUUGCUGGUUUCAGACCGUGUUCCUCUGAGCCUCAGGGUCAAGUCCGCAGAGAAGAGCUCCGAGAUGUUGCGUGUCAAGUACAAUCCCACCUAUGGCCUUCUGAAACUGCUGCUUUCUGUCUGGAAGGAGGACUUUGGGACGCCUGUUCCUGUGCAGCUGAUCUUCAGCACGAAGAACAUGGGUUAUUUUGCAGAAGUUAAGCAGCGAGAGUGGGAUUUGUUCCUUUUCAUGCUUCAUGGUCUUGUAGAACACAAACUGAUGAGAACCAGUGAAAUAGAGAGUUGCUUGCAUGGCCUUGAAGAGCUCCCGUGGCCCUUGGAGUUCUUAAAAGAACUGGAAAUGCUGUCCAGAGUGUUUCUAUCAGAACAUCAGAGAGAAGAGCCCAGGACUAACCCUUGUGAGCUGACCAGACAAUCUCCAGGUACCGUGACGGCACAGAGCUAG